AGCAAAAUCAAGAAAACACAAUGGGCAAAAGAGAUAGAAGACAAAGAUUCAAUUAUUGUUUUUCAUUUUCAUCCAUGGAGUAUCAGUUUCUUCUUGAUUCACCUCAUACGGGUUAGUUGCUUCUGCAGCACAGCCAUCUUUAAAAAAGAGAAAGGGAAUUAGCAAAUUAAAGAUGGCAUCAUCAAUGUCAUCAGGAGGGGGAGGCGGCGGAGGCGGAGGCGAACCGAUGAGUCCGGCAUCGAGGUUGUUCCAUUCGCCGAAGUUCAACUGCUAUGUGAUGGCUGUAAUGGGGUGCAAAACAAGCGUGAAUCAUCAAGUAAUCAAAGAAGGAUUGCGUGAAACUAUUCUUAAGCAUCCAAGGUUCACUAGCAAGCUCGUUAAGAAAGGAAGGAAAACAAGAUGGAUCUCAACCACAAUCGAUUUAGACAGCCACAUCAUAGUUCCAGAAAUCAAUUCAUCAGAAAUUGAAUUUCCAGAUAGAUUCGUUGAAGACUACAUAUCAAACUGUACAAAAUCCCCACUGGACAUUACAAAGCCACUCUGGGAACUUCACUUGCUCAACAUCAAAACCGCAGACGCAGAAUCCGUUGGAGUUUUUCGCAUGCACCAUUCAAUGGGCGAUGGUGCUUCCCUCAUGUCACUCCUUAUUGCCAGCACUCGUAAAUCCAGUGACCCUAAUGCAUUGCCAGCGAUGCCAGCAGCAACAACAGUAAAGAAGGAUGAGAAACACAAGAGAGGUUUCUUGAUGGUGUUGUUUGAGCCGUUGAUGGCGCUGUGGUGGGGUUUGGUGCUGAUGUGGCACACUUUUGUGGACUUGAUGAUGUUUGUGUUGACUGUUUUGUUUCUCAAGGACACGUUGACUCCCCUGAAAGGUGCACCUGGAGUGGAGCUUCAUACCAAGCGCUACGUGCAUCGGAUAGUUAGCAUGGAUGAUAUCAAGCUUCUCAAGAAUCAAAUGAAUGCGACCGUCAAUGAUGUUCUGUUGGGAAUAACACAAGCUGGUAUCAGUCGCUACUUGAAUCGACCGGAAUUCGUAGGUGCUAAUGCAAAGAAGGAGUCAAGUAGUGUCCUGAAGAAAAUUCGGCUUAGAUCAGCCAUUCUUGUUAACCUUCGACCAAUUGGUGGAAUCCAGGAUGUAGCAGAUAUGAUGGAUGAUAAAUCCAAAGUAAGAUGGGGAAAUUGGAUUGGAUACAUCAUGCUCCCUUUCUCCAUUGCUACACAACAAGAUCCAUUGGAGCAUAUUCGCCAAGCAAAGGCUACCAUUGACCGCAAGAAACACUCAUUGGAAGCUGUUAGCACCUACGCUUGUGCCAAAUUAGUACUCAGUUUAUUUGGGGUUAAGGUGGCGGCUUUCAUAAUACGAAGAGUUCUGCUGAAUACAACGGUGGCGUUCUCUAACAUGCCAGGGCCGGUGGAGGAAGUUAGUUUCUAUGGUCAUCCUGUCGCAUACAUUGCUCCUAGUGUAUAUGGACACCCUCAGGCCCUGACUAUGCAUUUCCAAAGUUAUGCUAAUAAGAUGAUAAUUUCUCUAUCAGUGGAUCCAAGUGUAAUUCCAGAUCCUUAUCUCCUUUGUGAUGAUCUCGAAGAAUCACUAAAACUCAUGCGUGAUGUUGUUCAGAAGAAGUCCGUUGAAGAUGCAGUCUGACAACAAAUCUUUAAUUAUCAGCAUUUCAGAAAGCUUAUAUUUGUUUAAGUAAUUUCAUUUAUUAUUCAAUUAUUCUGAAAUUGAUUUAUUACACACACAAAAAUAAAUCAUAGAUGCAAGAUAUCUAGUUUAUACAAAAA